AUGUCGGAUUCUGCUGCUAGCGUUCCAGCCUUUAUGGAUGAUCCUGCCGGCUGUUUCAAUGCCAUGGCCACGCGACCUCCCGGUCGAGAGCUCUGGCGGCUCCUGGCAGGGACCACGGCCUCUUGCAUGAAAGACGAGGGGAAUGCCCAGCUGUGUGCGCUCUAUCUUCAGGCAGUGGCACAGCAGUUACCAGCCUCGGAUAUGGCGGUCGCAGAUGCUGCCAGUAACAGCAACAACGCCAAUAUGGAAAUUGAAAUGAUGAAAGCCAAAAUGCUCAUGGAGGUUUUGGAUGCUGUCGCUCUGGCCGCUGCCAAAUGCCCACGACAACUCAUUUCUCGAUCGGGCAUCCUCCAAGCUCUUAUUGUCCAUCCAGGGUCCAAAGCAUCCUUUCUGACACAAGUUCAGGUGGAAUUUUGCCAAGUGGCGCUCUUGGCCGGACAGUACCGCUUUGCCGCCCGUUGUAUCAAGAAUCAAUGGCCGCGACCGGCCCAAACCAUUUCCAUUCGACAUGUGCUCCGUUAUUUCUUGUUGCGGGGAAUGAUCCAUGUAGGAUGCAACGAUUGGCCCAUGGCGGUUCGAUGCUUUUGGACGUGUCUCUCUGUUCCGUCGGAAAUUGUGUCGGCCCUCUCCAUUUCCGCUUGGAAAAAAUUGGUCUUGGUCCAAUGCUUGCAAAUGGAAGAUGAUGACUACCGUGCCGCUCAAGACUAUCAAAUGCAGCAACAGCAGCAACAACAACAACAAUGGCAACAAAUGAUGGCGCAGACGUUUGAUCCAUUCUCCUCCUUUGGGUCCGCACAGUCGUCGGCCACGGGUGGAAAUAAUGGCCAACGGGGACCACUCUCGCUCCCCAAGGCGGUCCCCAAUUGCAUUUCUCGAUUCUUGACCACGGCAUCCAACAAUAGCAACAAACAGCAACGCGCCCAGCAGCAGCAAAAACAACAAAAGCAACAACAGCCAGAAGAUGUCGGGAUCAUGGUGGCAGAGGAGGAAAUGUCGGAACAGCAGCGGCAGCAGGGAUAUACCUCCUUGGGUGUCAAGGUCUACAUGGAUCUCGUAUAUGCGUUUGUGGCUGGAGAUCGAGAUAAGUUCCUGGCGCUGCAAACGCAACACACGGCACUGCUGCAGAAUGACGGAAACUUUGGACUCGUCCGUCAAUGCGAAACCGCCAUGGUCCAUCGCCAGGUGUAUCAAUUGAGUCGCAUGUUCUCCGUCAUUGCCCUGACAGAUCUGGCCGCCAAAUUGCAAAUGGAUGUCGACCCCACCAAAGCUCUCUUGCAGCAAUUGUCGCUCGAAAAGACAAUCCAUCCGUCGAGUUCGGCUACAAAGUGGCCCGACAUUGAAAUCGAAGACGAUGGCAUGGUCGUCUUUGACUUUUCGGCUCCAGCCGCUCCCGAUGAUGAUCCCAUUAGUGGAAUGCUCAUGGCAGAUGGACAGGCACAAUCGGAAUUGGAGAAUAACAUCAUGCAGCUAGUCAAGCUCACACAUGACGUGGAAAAGCUGGAUGUAUCGAUUGCGACAUCUCCCAUGUAUCAUGCAUUGGUACGACGGGCUCAGGAUGCCAAGAUGGGUGGACCACGUGGAGUGGAAGAGCUCUAG